GCUAGGAGCAGCGAGCGGCGGGGCUGGGUCGCUGCGGUCCCUUGGAGCCGCGCAGUAUGGCGGGCGGGGCCCGGGAAGUGCUCACCCUGCAGUUGGGACACUUUGCCGGUUUCGUGGGCGCGCACUGGUGGAACCAGCAGGAUGCUGCGCUGGGCCGAGCAACCGAUGCCAAGGAGUCGCCGGGAGAGCUGUGCCCCGAUGUCCUGUAUCGUACGGGCCAGACGCUGCACGGCCAGGAUACCUGCACGCCGCGACUCAUCCUCAUGGAUCUGAAGGGUAGUUUGAGCUCCCUAAAAGAGGAAGGUGGACUCUACAGGGACAAACAGUUGGAUGCUGCAAUAGCAUGGCAGGGGAAGCUCACCACACACAAAGAGGAACUCUGUCCCAAGAACCCUUAUCUCCAGGACUUUGAGUCUUCCCAGGGAGUGCUGAGUAGUGAUGGUGUUUGGAGGGUCAAAUCCAUUCCCAAUGGCAAAGGUUCCCCACCACUCACCACCGCUACAACUCCAAAACCACUUAUCCCUACAGAGGCCAGCAUCAGGGUCUGGUCAGACUUCCUCAGAGUCCAUCUCCAUCCCCGGAGCAUCUGUAUGAUUCAGAAGUACAACCAUGAUGGGGAAGCAGGUCGGCUGGAAGCUUUUGGCCAAGGGGAAAGUGUCCUAAAGGAACCCAAGUACCAGGAAGAGCUGGAGGACAGGCUGCACUUCUACGUGGAGGAAUGUGACUACUUGCAGGGCUUCCAGAUCCUGUGUGACCUGCACGAUGGCUUCUCUGGGGUAGGCGCGAAGGCGGCAGAGCUGCUACAAGAUGAAUAUUCAGGGCGGGGAAUAAUAACGUGGGGCCUGCUACCUGGUCCGUACCAUCGUGGGGAGGCCCAGAGAAACAUCUAUCGUCUAUUAAACACAGCUUUUGGUCUCGUACACCUGGCUGCUCACAGCUCUCUCGUCUGUCCUUUGUCCUUGGGUGGGAGCCUGGGCCUGCGACCUGAGCCACCUGUCAACUUCCCUUACCUGCAUUACGAUGCCACUCUGCCCUUCCACUGCAGUGCCAUCCUGGCUAUAGCCCUGGACACAGUCACUGUUCCUUAUCGCCUGUGUUCCUCUCGUUCCAUGGUUCAUCUGGCUGACAUGCUGAGCUUCUGUGGGAAAAAGGUGGUGACAGCAGGAGCAACCAUUCCUUUCCCCUUGGCUCCAGGCCAGUCCCUUCCUGAUUCCCUGAUGCAGUUUGGAGGAGCCACCCCAUGGACCCCACUGUCUGCAUGUGAGCCUUCUGGAACACGUUGCUUUGCCCAGUCAGUGGUGCUGAGGGGUAUAGACAGAGCAUGCCACACGAGCCAGCUCACCCCAGGGACACCUCCACCCUCCUCCCUUCACGCAUGUACCACUGGGGAAGAAGUCUUGGCUCAGUAUUUACAACAGCAGCAGCCUAGAGUCAUGAGUUCUUCCCAUCUGCUGCUGACUCCCUACAGGGUGGCUCCUCCUUACCCCCACCUCUUCUCAAGCUGCAGUCCACAGGGUAUGGUUCUGGAUGGUUCCCCCAAGGGAGCAGCAAUGGAGAGCAUCCCAGUGUUUGGGGCACUGUGUUCCUCUUCGUCCCUGCACCAGACCCUGGAAGCCUUGGCCAGAGACCUCACCAAACUCGACUUGCGGCGCUGGGCCAGCUUCAUGGAUGCUGGAGUGGAGCACGAUGACGUAGCAGAGCUCCUGCAGGAGCUACAAAGCCUGGCCCAGUGCUACCACGCUGGUGACAGCCUCGUGGACUAACGUUCCCAGUGUGGGAGAGAGGAGCUAGUGUGCAAUAAACACAGCUGGAUGCAGGAGCCCAG